UUCUGUGAUGGAAGUAUUUGCAAUAGAUGGAGAUAGAGGUGUUCCGCGGCAGAUAUAUUAUGAGAUUGUUUCUGAAGACAACGAAACAGAUUCUUUCUGGGUUGAUACGGUGCCAGAUGAUGGUGGCAAUAAUAUUGGUAUUAUAUAUACUUCAGUGGGGCUGGACCGGGAAGCUGAAGGGCUCGUCAAUGGUCUCAUGACACUCAAUUUAUCAGCCAUAGAGGAAGAUAGUGGUGAUGAUCCAAUACAUGAAAUUACAACAUUUACACAAGUUACUAUAACUGUGUUGGAUGAAAAUGACGAAGCACCGUAUUUCGAUCAGCUCUCUUAUAGUGGGAGUAUUCAGGAAAACUCUCAAAACGAGCUUGUUGUGAAUGACAUCACAAUGAUUGUCAUAGAUCCCUGACUCGACUCUAGAAGGAGCAUCGUUCAACCUUAGUAUCAUUAACAAUGACGAC